CUUCUGUGGAAUUGCAUUGAACUUAUCAAGGAUCCUCCAUACUCCAUCGGUAUGACAGAAUAUGGGGAGAACCGCCUUGGACGAUGAUUCAGCCGAGAUACGACUCGGUGCAUCAAUGGACUUCAGGAUGUUCCUCUCAAUAGGCUCGUUCUUCCAACUGGGCAGCGAAACGCACCUCCACUUUCCAUAUCAGGAAUUCCACAAAUGUCUCGAAAGGAUUUCGUCACUUGCACUGUGUCGAAGAACGGCCCCCUCACCCCUAUCUCUCAUACACAUCCUAAACGAUGAAAGCUUACUGGUUUAACGAAGAAUCGUUCGCUCAGAACCCCGAUCAGAAGUUGGCGCAUGCUUACUCCCCCGACCGUCCUGUUACAUUAGAAACACUGAGGAUCUCGGGUGUUCUCUACUGGUCGGUUUCGCCUCAAAACUGGGAGCCUGAGAUUGACAGGAUCGCCGCGGAAAACGGUUACAAAAACCGUGAUGUUAUCAAUGUGACAAAAGAGGGUCUGGGGGACCUAUAUGAGGCCAAGCUCAAAAUCUUCUUUGAGGAACAUUUACAUGAAGAUGAAGAGAUCAGAUUUAUCCUAAGUGGAUCAGGUUUCUUUGACGUCCGAGAGUUGAAGUCGGACGCCUGGAUCAGGAUCCAUGUCAUUCCUGGUGAUUUGUUAGUCCUCCCUGCAGGCAUUUACCACCGCUUCACUCUGGAUGAAUUUAAUGCCGUCAAGGCGUUGCGUCUCUUCAAGGAUGAACCAAGAUGGAUUGCAUACAACCGAUCUGGAGACACAGAUAUCAAUCCCUUCAGGGUUAAAUACAUCCAGGAAGCCAAUAGAUGAACUCCAUGCUGGCAUAACCAUCGUAGCAUGAAGGAAAGACCGUAGAACUAUUGCUUGCAAUCUGGGAGUGUAUAUAGAUCGCCUGCUAACGAUCAAAUUGAUUCAAGUUCUGAUUCUUUCGC